AUGGCUUACCAUCAAAAUCAACAAAUUCUGGCUCUAUGCAUAACAGUAGCAACAAUGUUUCUUGGUGCGAGAUCAGAUUUGAAUCAAGACAUAAAAGGGUGUCAAGAUUCCAUGUCUGAUCUCUACUCUUGUCUUCCUUUUGUCACUAACAAAGCUAAAGCUCCAGACUCAACAUGUUGCACCACACUCAAAGAAAAAAUAGACAAAGGUCAGACCAAGAGAUGUCUCUGCACUCUUGUCAAAGACAGGGAUGAUCCUGGUUUAGGGUUCAAAGUUGAUGCCAACCGUGCAAUGAGCUUACCUUCCACUUGUCAUGUCCCUGCAAAUAUUUCACAAUGCCCAGAAGAGCUUCUACAUCUGCCUCCAGAUUCAGUAGCCGCUCGGAUUUUUAAGCAAUUCAGCGAUUCCUCUCAGAAUGUUGGACCAAAAGCUGUAUCCGCAGGUUCAAGCGUUAAAGGAAGAGAUAAGAAGCAAUUUGGUCUAGUGAUGGCUGGAGCUUUCUCAGUAUGGUACUUAAUGUAA